CCCGAAUGAAAGGAAAGGAAAAAAAAACUUGCUCCGCGCACGCUUUCUUUCUCUCGCGUCAUUUCUUUUUUUUUUAAAAUAUACAAGAAUAUGACUUGUACUAUUGCUUCUGCACCUGGAAAAGUACUUUUAGCUGGUGGUUACUUAGUGUUAGAACAAGCUUUUAGUGGCUUGGUUGUUGGUGCUUCUGCUCGUUUCUAUACUGUUAUUAAAUCUGAUGAGCAACUCAGUUCAGGCACAAUCACUGUUCUUUCACCUCAGUUUGAAAACGCUACUUGGCAAUACAAAGCAUUUUCAGAGAAUGAUAGCUUGAAGUUUGAAACAAUCACAAAGGAAACACAAAAUAAGUUUGUAGAGACAUGUUUAAAAUUCACUCUUGCUGUGAUUCACCAACGAAUUGCUCUAAAUAAAUUCAAAGCAUUGUUGCAAAAGGGAAUUGUCAUUACUAUUGUUGGUGAUAAUGAUUUUUACUCCCAACGUGCCCAGUUGGAGUCUAAAGGUCUUUCAAAUACUGCAGAAGCAUUGGCUUCUCUUGACCCCUUUUGCAAGACACAUGCUACAUUAUCAACAGUACAUAAAACUGGUCUUGGUAGUUCUGCUGCACUUACGACUUCACUAGUUGCAGCUCUCUUGCUUCAUUUCAACGUAGUGACGGAUUCACUUGAUCAAAAAGAAAAGACAUUGAUACAUAAUGUGGCUCAAUUUGUUCAUUGCUUUGCUCAAGGAAAAGUCGGAAGUGGAUUUGAUGUAUCCUCUGCAGUUUGGGGUAGCCAUCGUUACAAGAGAUUCAAUCCUUCAAUUUUAUCAUCCAUUAUGGAUGAGCGAAUUGAUACCAAAGUUUUAUCAGAAGUACUUGAUGCUGAUAACAAAAGUUGGGAUAAUGAUGUUGCUCCAUUCAAAUUACCACCUGGCUUUGAUCUCAUGUUGGCUGACAUCGAUGCUGGUAGCCAUACACCUACUUUGGUUGGCAAAGUGUUGGCAUGGAAAAAGUCUAAGCCUGAAGAAGCUGAAUCUCUCUGGAAUGAGUUGGGCAAAUACAACUCUCUUGUCGAACAACAUUUCCGCCAACUAGUAACUUUGCACGACAACAAUACUGAGCAAUACAACCAAACAAUCGAGACAUGUGCUCAAUUAAAGACAACUGAAUGGCAUACUGUAUCAGGACUCAUUGCUGAAGAAAUGGUCCGUCUUGUGAAUGGUUUUGCUAACGUUCGAAGUCUUUUGCAAAAAAUGAGCAAGCUUUCUGAAGUCCCUAUUGAACCACAAGAACAAACACAACUUUUAAAUGAAUGCAUGAAUGUGCCUGGUGUUGUUAUGGCUGGUGUUCCUGGAGCUGGUGGAUAUGAUGCCAUCUUUUGUAUCGUUUUAUCAGAUCAAUCAAAACGGGAUGUCCGUCAAGUCUGGCAAUCAUGGAAAGAGCUUAGUGUCGGGCCUCUUCUUUCACAAGCCGAUUCAAACGGUGUAACUAGUACUAACCUUGAUCGUGUACCUGGAUUAUCUUUAGUUCUAUCAUAAUUCUAUCCAAACCAAAAUUUAAGUUGAUCCUCAAGAUCCUUUCUUUAGUGUGUAUUGAACCAUUGCAUUUUUAACCAUUUUUUUUUACUAAAUACUGAGAAAUGUAAUUUGAAAGCUUAAAUUAACACUUUAUUACCGAUUUCAAGGGGCCUUUUUUUUUUCUAAAAAGAGACAUGCUUUACAGCAGCAGGAUUAUA